GCCACCAGCACCCUGCAGAGUGGGCUGAGAGGUGCAGGGGCUGGGGUUUCCAGCCAGCCCAGUGGGCCCGAGUCAGGCUGGCCCCAUGGACGAGGUCAGUGCCCUGCCCUAGGUGCAUCCCCAGCCAGGUGAGAGCCAGGGAUGUUCCCGCUGCGGUCCGAUGGAACUCCCAGAGCAGCGGAGGUCAGGGGAGCUAGCAGAGGCGGGGACGCCCCUUGGGAGUGAGGGGACUGACAGGGGCGACCUCCUAACCCUGCGUGGGAUGGAAGGUCAGAGUGGGUUCCUCGGUGGGGGGUAACAGCGGGGGCUCCCUGGCAAUUGUCCCCGACCCUCCGUUCUGGGGAGGGCAGGAUCAGCGCGCGGGCUGCUUUGCAUCUCUUUGCAUUUUAGUGGUGUUUGGUCCAGUCCUGGCCCGGGCGGAUCUGGGGUUCGGGCGGGUGCCGGUGGGGUAGGGCUGGGGGUGGGACCGGCGCUUCCUGCUGCGGGUGAACCUUUUGCCUCGGAGCCUGGACCCGGGAGACACCACAGCGCUGGGCUAGGGGCGCGGCUUGGACUCGCCUAAAGAGCCGCGCCCCCUCAGUAAGUCCCCAUGGCCCCCUGCCCCCCGCGCUCCGUCCUCAGUCAGGCCCGGGUCCUGCCUGAAGGCGGGGGUGGACCAGAUGAUCUUUCUUGGGCCCUGGGCCUAGAUUCGAGGUCCCCAGGGUCCAAGUCCUGGGUUCAGAGGGCGGGGCGUGAGGGGCGGGGUAUCCAAGGGGCGGGGUCCCGGGGUCCCUGAAAGGCGCGGACCGGGCCGGAUCCACCCAGUCUCGCGCCUGCAGCCCGUACCGCCCCAGCCGCUGCCGCCUGCACCGGACCCGGAGCCGCCAUGCCCAAGUGUCCCAAGUGCAACAAGGAGGUGUACUUCGCCGAGAGGGUGACCUCUCUGGGCAAGGACUGGCAUCGGCCCUGCCUGAAGUGUGAGAAAUGUGGGAAGACGCUGACCUCUGGGGGCCACGCUGAGCACGAAGGCAAACCCUACUGCAACCAUCCCUGCUACGCAGCCAUGUUUGGGCCUAAAGGCUUUGGGCGGGGUGGAGCCGAGAGCCACACUUUCAAGUAAACCAGGUGGUGGAGACCCCAUCCUUGGCUGCUUGCAGGGCCACUGUCCAGGCAAAUGCCAGGCCUUGCCCCCAGAUGCCCAGGGCUCCCUUCUAGCCCCUAAUGCUCCAAUAAACCUGAACACUUGGAAAA